GGAACAUAAAAUUCUUGUUUUGUAUGAGAACCACGCGAAUUUUUGUUAAAGAUUUGUUUGUUUGUGGUAACAAGGACUGAGCGUAGAUGUCGGGCACGGGAGACGAGUGGCAGGUGGCUCGGAGACGAAAAGGAGCGACGAAGAAGUCAAAGUCACCUCAGGUGUCUUCUGCUUUAAAUUUCUGCCAGGAACAUCUGGAUAUCAAUAAAACUGUGAAACGGAUUAAAGAUACGGUGAUUGAGUUAAGGUGUGAGGACUUCUGGCUGGAGUGGAAAAAGGAACUGCUGGCAGCAUCAUCAUCCGCCUCAAAGCCUUGGGAGCAGCUGGAGGAGUGUGUGUGCUAUGGUCUGGGCUCCUUCUCCUCUUGUGUGUCAGCUCGCUUCCAGCUGGCCUUGUUGCUGCUGCUGCUUGAAGCUGGACAGAUUGCGCUGAAGGACUGCUCAGUCUACGAUCCUGCAUUCUCCUCUGCAGAAAGGGAUGUCCUGAGAGAGCUGGGUCUGACUGUACUCACAGAAAAUGAGGAGGGUAAACGUGUGGCAUCUAAGCCCACCCUCUUUUACCUGAUGCAUUGUGGGAAAGCCCUGUAUAACAACCUCCUGUGGAAGAACUGGAGCACACAGUGUCUUUCUAUGGUGAUAAUCAUUGGAAACAGCUUCAGUGGCAUAAGAGAAAGGACGAUCGAUCGGGAGUUACAACGAGACUACGGCUACAUCAGUAAGGCCGUCAACUUCUGUGAGGAGAGGCGGCUGCCUUGUCCAGCUCGUCUGAUCGACGUCUUCAGCGACACAUCGGUCAUCAGCUUCCCUUCCUGCAGUUUGCAAGGACUCCCGCAGUCUACAUGGACAGAUCCUCCCGAACCACAGUAUCAACACUGCUCUGAUUUGGAGAUUAUACUGAAGGAAACACAGACUGCUUGUAGUCAACUAAUAAACUAAAAAGCAUUUGUUUGCAUUAUGGGAAAACAUGCAAACUCAAGGCCACAUCAUGCGGUGAAAUCCAAACUUUUCUUACUGUGAGGAAACUGUUUUAACCUCUAUCCAGAUGUGCUGCUCAUGAUCACUCCUGUAAGUGCCAAAAACAAGAUGACUGUGAAGCAGAGACCACCACAGAUAUAACACACAGGAGUACAAAGUUUAUUAUUUGAGGGGAAAAAAAAAAAAAACAAAAACAGAAAGGUUUAACAGUA